AUGGGCACCUUCAGGGCGUUCUUGGAGUGUAAACCUCCCACUUUCGAUGGCACUGGAGGGACAAUCGACAUUCUACACUGGAUCCGAAGAAUCGAAUAUACGUUCAAAGAAAGUGAAAGUCCUGCUGGCAAACGAGUAGAGUACGCUACUGUCAUGUUGCAAGGGAAAGCGUAUUCUUGGUGGAAUGCACAAGUUCAGAUGCUCGGUUUGGCAGACGCGAAUGCCACCCUCUGGAGCGACUUCAAGGAUUCGAUUAAGGAAGAAUUCUGCCACCUGGACGACAUUCUGAAACUUGAAAUAGAGUAUUAUGGUUUGAAGAUGGAAGGAUCAGAGAUUGAGGCGUACACAAAGAGGUCCAACAACUUGGCUGCCUUAUGUCCUAACAUGUCACAACCCAUAUCUAGGCGAAUCAAGCUAUACCUCAGAGGCUUAGUCCCGGAAAUCCAAGGGUCUGUGAGUGCGGCCAACCUUCCCACAAUCUAG